GUUGCGUCCGUGGGGACCUGGUGUCCGUACGUUAAGCUUCUUCGCCCCCAGAUGCGUCUGGUCCUCCGUUGUUACACGACAUGUAUUUACACACCUCCGACCGCCCCUUCGGGGCGGGAUAUAAAUUGUAUUUAAAAAAAUAAAAAAAUAAAAUAAAAAAGUUGCGUAUUGUAAGGGCGGGGUUACAAUUGAAUAUUGAGCAUUGAAUUCGUAGUUGAGUCGACUCACGGUGGCCGAGUCAGUGGCUUGGCAAAUGACAUGAUCUCUCCCCACUAUUAUCGUUCCCAUUCGGACUGAACUCGAAGAUCACGGCAUGUCCGACUAACGCCGCCACACGUAUUCCUCCAUGACUCGAAAGCUGCUUUGAGGCACAACGGACCAUCACACUUCACGAUGGGCACAAGUGCCGCAGAAGCCAGCACCAUUCUGCUCAGUCCUCGCCCACUGGCCAGGACGGCCGGAAAGUUUCUUCUACUGCCUCUUCUGCCCCACAGACCUGUCAUGAAGCCUCUGCCUCCGGAGGUGUGGUCAAAGAUUCUUGCCUAUGUCUUCGGUCACUAUGAGGGUGCGGAAUUGUGCAAAUCCCACCGGCAGGAGCGAGAGCAGUUGAGGCGAGGCUUGUUGGUUGUGUCCAAAGAGCUGAAGAAUGUAGCCCUGCCGCUCUUCUACGAGCAUGUCUGCAUCGCUUCGCUGCCGUGCCUGGAGAGAUUCACGGAUCAUGUUUGUCAAUCGGACAAGAAGUGGGAUUCCAUUCGUCGCAUUCCCUACUCAACACCAGGACGAUGGGUGCAAGAUCUCGACAUGCGCGAGCUCGAAACCGCUACAUGGUGCGAGAUGUAUCGAGUGGAUACUCUCCUCACUCAGCUGUGUCCUCUGCUGCCCUUCCUGGCUCGUCUCGCCAUCAGUCCAUCUCUUACCCUCAGCCGGCGAGCUGCUACAGCGCUGUCGUAUCGUACGGAGGUUGCAUACCUGCGUGUGCUGAAGGGUAUCAAACUGGAAACCUCCGCUCACGUCAGUGAAGAUCACUUUGUUGAGCUACUGCGCCCAUGCGUCAACCUCGAGGAGCUCACGCUCAUCGGAUCCGGCGUCGAUGCCACAGAACUCGAGCUGCCAGGAGAGCCUGAUGGAGCUGUUGCAGUCAAGCCGUUGCAUCUGCCUCAUCUGAGGAAGCUCGUCAUGCUCUCUCUGCCUUGCUCGCCUGUGCUUUUCGCGUUACUUCAUUCUCCACUACCCUCGCUGCGCCAUCUUACUAUCACCCCUUAUGACGAAAGUUUCGUCCCGAUGUCUAUUGUCCCGCACUUCAUCUAUGCCCACGGCGAGACGCUGACUUCCCUCCAUCUAUACACCACCAAGACCUGGCCGAGCAUGCUGCUUCCAUCCCCCACGACGCUACUGCAAAGCUGCCCUAAUCUAUACCAUUUGUCCCUUGAGAACCCGCUUCCGGCUCUCAAAAUGUUCAAGGACGAUCCACCUCACCCUCUCCAUAUCUUAUCGAUACCCAGACCAUACCCGGAUUUCCUCGCAGUGCAUGACACAAUAUUACCCAAAUUAUCCUCUUUGAAGGUCGUGCGGGCGCGGGAUGUACGCUGGCUGCGACCAGGCAUGUCGCUGCGCGCUCAGCAGGCAGGUGUCCAAGGAGAGAUGGUGGAAUGGCGGCGGAGGCUGUCGCGCAAGGGAAUUCAAGUGCUGGACUCUGAAUGGAAAUCCGGCCAUGAAAUAUGAGCCCAUGAGGGAUCCAAUGUAAUAUGCAAUGCUACAUCUAUCGCAUCGCAGUGAGUUCUGUAAUCUUGUGUAUUAGUUUUGGCGUUGUUAUACCCGUGUACAUUGAAAUCUCCACUCCUUCUCUCACUAUUAGCUCGAGACUUCAAGUGAUACUUCACAGACGCAUCUUCCCUCACGAUCGCAAGGGGUGUACAAAGGUGAGCCAUCCCAUAUCUGAAACAAAUUGUCCGUCCCCUACCAGGUGCGUUCAGCACGAGUACGACGCACGUCAUCCAUCGCCAAGUAGAGUAUCUGGGUCGCCAUACGGUUCGCUCUUGAUGCAUGUCAUGGUCCUUGGCGAUAGCCGCUCCAUACGUCGAUCAAACAGUCUUCGCCAAAGGCGAUCUUGGCACUAUUGACGCACAAACAUACGAUACCAUCUAAUGAGGGCUGAUAUCCCACUAUCGUUGAUGCACUGUAACUCUCUCG